ACUGGAAACAAUUCCAAAGUUUCUCGUAGUUGGUUGUUGGUGGGCGGUACGAAGCAGACGCGAACAAGACAUCUUACCCUUCACCAACAUAAACGAUGAGCGUCACACAAGAGCAAAUGCUCUACGAUGAAGAGCAAUUGAGAUUAAUGGAAGAAGUUUGUAUUGUGGUAGAUGAAAACGAUAAGCCUGUACGAUCUGGUUCUAAAAAAGAAUGUCAUUUGAUGGAAAAUAUUAAUACCGGAUUAUUACAUAGAGCCUUUUCUAUGUUUCUUUUCGAUAAUGAGAACCGUCUUUUGUUACAACAACGUGCAGCUGAAAAGAUUACUUUUCCAUCCUUAUGGACCAACACCUGUUGCUCACAUCCUUUAGACGUUGCCUCCGAGCGUGGAUCUGAGUUGGAUGAAGCUAUUUCGGGUGUGAAAUCUGCAGCUCAAAGAAAGCUCCUUCAUGAGUUAGGAAUUAAGGCCGAAUAUAUUCCUAAAGAUAAGUACCAAUUUUUAACCAGGAUUCACUACCUUGCACCCAGUAUAGAAAAAUGGGGAGAACAUGAGAUCGACUAUAUCCUAUUUUAUAAAGGUCAAGUCGAGUUGGACAUCAACCCAAAUGAGGUACAGGCCUAUAAAUAUGUUACUAUGGAUGAAUUGAAGGCCAUGUUUGAAGAUCCUCAAUACAAGUUUACACCAUGGUUCAAGUUAAUUUGCCAGCACUUUUUGUUCCAUUGGUGGACGGAUGUGGAUCAUUCAAGCAAAUUCCAGGAUCGAGAAAUUCAUCGCAUGCUUUAAAUGAACUUCAUUUUGUUUCAAUUUUUUAAAACAUUCAACUUUCUUAUUUUUACGGCAUGUAAACUUCUUUUGGUUUGAAAUUGAGAACCGACCUUUUAUGGGAACUAAAAAUAAAUGAAUUAAUCUUUUGUUUUGUUUCCUUGUUCUCAGUGCAUGUACCUCUUUUCUAAGGAAGUCCAGAAAUAAUAAAAGUUGGGUCUAAUACACAUCUACAUGCCUAUCAAUCGUUAUCGAAAGCCUUUCGAUGAUUCACUCUUUUUUUUGCGAUUUUAGAUAAUAAAUACAGGGUGUAGUAAUUUAAUAAUAUGCGAUUCGACGAUCUAUCUCUAGUGGAAGAGACGCGUGUAAAUUUUUACUUUUACAUG